AUGUCGUUACGGGGCAGCUCGGGCAAAGCGCUUAUAGAAGUGGUUGAGUGCGCUGGCGGUGAGCCGACGCGGAAGGAUGAUUGCGAGACGUGGGUAUACAUGUUAGUCGAAUUCACAUACGGACGCCUUCCGUGGAAGGAAAUUCAGGAUAUGAACCAAGUAGGUGAGUACAAAAAGCGUGUUCGUCAGCCUAUGUAUAUUAUGGAGCUCUUCCCGCCGCCCUGCCCUCGUGAGUACAUUGAGGCACUUCAGUAUAUUGACGGAUUGAAGUACUACGAUGCCCCAAACUAUCAGUACAUUUAUGGCAUUAUGCGAAGGGCUCUGCAGUCAUCUAGAGCGCAAGAAUUUCCAUAUGAUUGGGAAAUGGGUGGUCCGACGGCUUACUUACUUCAGUAG